GUAACCGCUUCGCCGAUUCAAGUUGAACUUUUUGCUCGUGUUAUUUUAUCAAUUUAAGACAUUACUGGGAAUCUCUCCACUGUUAUUAUAAAUAAAUGCUGUAUUUUUAUUAACAAUUUGAAUUUUUCAACAUUGUGACAAUAAAAAAAAAAUUGGUCGAAAUAUCUUAAUAUUUUCAUAUAAUCAUUGCAGUGUUUUUUACUGAUCAUCUCUUUUUAAAUUUCAUGCCAUUAAUGCAAAAUCUCAUUUCAACUGUCAAAUGAGUCUAGAUUCAGUGGUUUACUAUACAAUUACCUAACAUGCCUGAUAAAGUUUCAAGAUUAUAAUUCUCAAUAAAAUGGGUAAUAUUAACACAGUUGGUCCAAAUGAGGCUCUUAUCGUCUCAGGUGGUUGUUGUGGUUCUGCUAACAAAACCAUGGUUGUCGGUGGCUGGGCUUGGUCUUGGUGUCUGCUGACCGAUGUUCAAAGAUUAUCUUUGGAAGUUAUGACAUUGACUCCAAAGUGUGAAAAUGUUGAAACCUCUCAAGGAGUACCGUUAACUGUGACUGGUGUCGCUCAGUGUAAAGUCAUGAAAGAGAAAGAAUUUUUAACUAUAGCAGCAGAACAAUUUCUUGGUAAAGAUGUCAAUCAUAUUAAAUCUGUCAUUCUUCAAACUUUAGAAGGACAUUUGAGAGCCAUUUUAGGAACUUUGACAGUUGAAGAAGUAUAUCGAGACCGAGAUCAAUUUGCGUCUUUAGUUCGAGAAGUAGCAACACCCGAUGUUGGUCGUAUGGGAAUUGAAGUUCUAAGCUUUACAAUCAAAGAUGUUUUUGAUCAAGUAGAGUAUUUAGCGUCUCUGGGUAAAGCCAGAAUAGCUGCAGUUAAAAGAGAUGCAACCAUAGGAGUUGCCCAAGCUGAAAGAGAUGCUGGAAUUAGAGAAGCUGAGUGUAAAAAAGCAGCUCUAGAUGUAAAAUACGGGGCCGAUACCAAAAUUGAAGAUUCACAUCGAAUUUACCAAUUGCAAAAGUCUCAAUUUGACCAAGAAGUCAAUACAAAAAAGGCUGAAGCUCAACUAGCUUAUGAAUUACAAUCAGCCAAAAUGCAACAGCUCAUCAGAAGAGAAGAAAUGGAGAUAAAUGUUACUGAAAAACGAAAACUAAUUUCUAUUGAAGAAAAGGAAGUCAUCAGAAAAGAGAAAGAACUUCAAUCAACUAUCAGAUUACCUGCAGAUGCUGAAGCAUACAAAUUAGAAACUCUUGCCAAUGCAUACAAAACUGAAACACUGGAAGCGGCAAAAGGUGAAUCUGAAAAGACAAAACUGAUCGGAUCAGCUGAAGCAUCAGCAAUCGAAGCUAUCGGCAAGGCUGAAGCUGAAAGGAUGAGAAUGAAAGCAGCCGCUUAUAAACAAUAUGGCGACGCAGCUCUUCUGUCACUUGCCCUUGAAGCUCUUCCUAAGUUUGCUGCUGAAGUUGCUGCUCCUUUAGCCAAAACAGAUGAAAUAGUUUUAUUGGGUGGAAACAAUGCAAUAACUGGCACAAUCUCACAAUUGGCAAGUGAAAUACCUGCUGCUGUUCAUGCUGUCACCGGUUUGGAUGUUACAAAAACUGUGGGCAGAUUUUUUCACAAAUGAAUCUAGCAUAAUCAACAAUACUAAGCCAUAUGAUGCAAAAUAUUAGGCAAAAUUAUUUAAUGUACGAUGCAUCGCAUAGUGAUAUUGCUUUGAUGAUGGAUUGCGAACAUUACCAAAGUUUUUUAUAUUUUGAUAUGAACAAAAAGAAACCCAUCAUUUCUUUCUUACUGCUCUCAAAGUAUAGAGCAUUAACUCGAAGCCUAUUUGUUCCAGCCAAAGCCUACCAAGCCAAAAAAUUUUCCUGAUCAAUAGCAAGUCUUUUCGGUUUGUGCCUCUUUUUCUGAGAUGGACGAAAAUUUGUACUUUUUAACAUUCAACAGAACUUUUCUACCAGAGAAACCACCUUCAAACAAAGUACCAGUUGGCAAGCAAAAGGAUUUUGAUGUAGUCACCUUUCACUUUCCAUCUUUACUGCUUCAUUGUUUACUUCGCCAAAUUUUAUUUCAUUUUUUCUCCACGAAUUUUGUUUUUCUGUUUUACAUUCUUUGUAUUUAUUCCUUAUUAUUUGCAAAACAAAAACAUUUUUCUUCACAAAAAACGAAUAUUAAAAAUGAUUGGACAACACAUAUUUCGCUUCUCAUAAAGUUACAUUAGUAUUGCGAA